GUUUCGCUCCGCACCUCUCCGCACCCUUCCGCACCCCAUGGCCGCCCGUAGCUCCGCACACGGCUGCGCUAGCGGCGCGCUGCUGGGUCGCUUCGGGGUUUUGCUGCAGGCGCUGCUGGCUCUCUGCGCCUUCAGCACCCUCAUGCUAAAACGAUUUAAGGAGCCAAAGGAAGAGAGGCGUCCCUGGAGGAUAUGGUUUUAUGAUACCUCCAAGCAAGCAAUAGGUGCCCUUUUCAUCCACUUUGCCAAUGUUUUUCUGUCAGACCUCACUGAAGAGGACCCUUGCUCUCUGUACCUUAUCAAUUUCAUCCUUGAUGCCACACUGGGAAUGCUGCUGAUCUGGCUUGGUGUGAGAGUUGUCUCCUGGAUUGUACAGCAUAAGAAGUACACGUACCUGGUCUUUGGAGAAUAUGGUGACCCUCCACAAGCUGCUGCUUGGAUUGGCCAAUGUAUCCUCUAUUUGCUGAUAAUGGUUUUUGAGAAGACUGUGAUUAGCCUUGUCCUGCUUAUCCCUGGUUGGACAAAGCUUCAGCAGAUCCUCCUGGGUUACAUCCCAAGCCCCCAGCUGGAGCUCAUCCUGGUCAUGCUUGUUGUGCCUUUUAUAGUCAAUGCCAUUAUGUUCUGGGUUGUGGACAGCUUGAUAAUGAAGAAAUAUAAGCAGAAGGAUUCCCUGGACAUCAGUGGAUCCAUAGAAUCUCCUUGGGCUCGGAGGACAGAGGAAUCUCAGGUAUUACUUUCUCCAGACAUUGAUUUGGAUCAGUCUGAAAGCGACCAGGAUGUUUCAGGACUCCAGGGUAUGAACCAGAAGAUGAAGCAGCCCAGCUAUCAAGUGGUCAUCUGACAACCCUG